GCCAAGAUGGCGGCGGCGGCGGCGGGCUGGAGCGCUCGCUGGGUGCGGGGCUGGAGCGCGCUCCUCAGGCGGAGUUUUCCAAUCCUGGCUGGCGCGAGGAGUCGCUGUGUGUCGGGACUGAGGGGACCAUGGAGGAAAGUGGCAGCGUUGGGGCUUGGAGUCACUCUCUCUGCCAUUCCUGUUGCCCAGAAACACGACCCGACCUUGCUUAGCAACGAAGCCUUGAUCCGGCGAGCUGUCUCUCUCGUAACUGACAGCACCGGCACCCUGCUGUCUCAGACGACAUACGCACUAAUUGAUGCUCUCACGGAGUACACAACGUCAGUUUAUACGCUGGUGUCGCUGUACCAGAAAUACACGCAGCUCCUUGGGAAGAUGAACUCCAAAGAGGAGGAUGCCAUCUGGCAGGUGAUCAUUGGCGCUAGAGUUGAGGUGACUACAAAGCAGCAAGAGUACCUGAAGCUCGAGUCCAGGUGGAGAGCGGCCUUGCGCCUUUCUGAGAUGGCGGCAGAAGCAGCGUACCAGUCAGGAGCCAACCAAGCCUCUGUGUCAGCCCAUAACCAUAUCCAGCUGGUGAAGAGCCAGGUGCAAGAGAUCCGGCAGCUGUCGCAGAAGGCGGAGACCAAACUGGCCGAAGCGCAGACCGAAGAGCUCCUGAAACUGAAGGAAGAGGAACCCUGGCAGCCGGCCAGCCGACAGAAUAGUAACGAGGCGGCUGAGGAAGCUUACCUUCGCGAAGACUGAAGCCUGCGGACGGCCCGCCUGGAGGAUUUCAGCACUAGUUCAGUUGCUGGGUGGGGGAAAUUGACAUGAUAAAAGUUGAAAUGCUGGUAUCCUAAGGUUACUGGCAACUUUUCCUUUGUCUUUCCAGACUAGCUAGCUGCAGGCCCCAAACGUUGGGAGCUGGGCCUCUGAUCUGGUGGGAAGUUGUUUAUUUGAACGCACAAAUGUGAAAAGGGGCCGGUCGCCACACGGCAUUGCCGGCGGUGGAGAACGUGUCCCUGGAACUGCUAAUAGAAACGACUCAAUAACAUCCGUCGAACUCCCAAACGCCUGGAGAUAAUUGUAGGUUUCAGGAAAUCCAAGAGGACAGGAUCUUUUUAUAUCGGAAAACACUGAGUUGUUUUGUGAAGGGAAUGAGGUCGUGACGAGGGUGCACCUGAAAGUCAAGACCUGAGUUGCAUUUCCUGGCCAGAAAGUCAGUCUGGAAGACUGAUUUCUCUUUUGUGUGUGUGUUUUUUUUCUAAUUAUGUGGACACAGACGAUUUGCACCAAAACCUGUUUUUAAAUAAAGG